AAUCUUAUUGUCUAUGAAAAUGAAUUCUAUCAAAGUAAAAUGGAGAAAUUAUUGAUACAAAAUAAGGUUAUUUCAGGAUAGAGCUUCAACAUCUGGACAAUUACAACUUCUAGAAGUUGAGGACGAUUUGAAUUUGCAACAUAAUAAAAUGAAAAAGUAGACUCUGACUCAAAAAUAAACCUCGAAGGACGCAGAAUAGUUGAUAUUCAAUAUUUUUUAGAUUCCCUGAUUUUAAUAUCAAACCAUGCGCCUCACUUUAUAUGUUCUCUUCAAAAUUUAAAGGUAACAAAAGAAACAAGAUUUGGAUUAGCAUCUAAAAUAACAUUUAAAUGUAAUAUGUGUCUUUCUACUGAGACUGUGACAACAGUUGAAGAUUUCGAAGAAAUCAAUAAAAGUGCUGUCUUUGGCAUUACUAACGUUGGGUCAGGAUAUGCACAUUUAAAUGAAUUUAAUUCUUCUUUAGAUAUACCAACAUUAUCCUCUAAAAUAUAUAACAAGAUACAGGAUAACUUAUCGGACCUUUGGGAAGAAGCGGCCCUAGAAGAAAUGGCAAAAGCUGCCAACGAAGAAAAAAGAUUAGCAAUAGAAUGCGGCGAACUAAGUAAAGACGGUAUCCCUUUAGUUACAGUCGUUUGUGAUGGUGUUUGGGCUAAAAGGUCAUACAGAAUGAACUAUAAUUCAUUUAGUGGGGCUGCUGCAAUUGUGGGUUUCAAAACAAAAAAAGUACUAUUUUUAACAGUGAGAAAUAAAUUUUGCAUCAUCUGCAAAAAAUAUUCCACUGAUACACCACAACAUAAUUGUUACAAAAAUUGGAACGGUUCCUCAAGUGCUAUGGAAGCUAACAUUAUUGCUGAAGGAUUUAUUAGGAGUAUUGAAAUGUAUGGAUUAAUUUUUAAUAAAAUGGUUGCCGAUGGAGAUAGCAGCUGCUAUGAUGCUAUAUUGCAAAAGGAUCCAUAUAAAAAUUUUGAUAUUUCUGUUCAGAAGGUGGAGUGCCGAAAUCACUUGCUGAGAAAUUAUCUCAGAAAAAUAAGAGGCCUGACUCAACAAAAGGAUUCUGGGCCUUUGCAACUCCGAAAAGAAGUGAAGUAUGAAAUUAUAAAUCAACAGUAUGAAAUUAUAAAUAAAUCAAUUACCUACGUUACACGUCCAUGAAGUGAUAAUUAAAGUAGGUACUCGUUUAGAUGUUCUUGACUCGGCUCCUUGAUCGCAUAUAAGAUCUACUCGUAUCAGUUCGCAUAUAAGAUCAAUUAAUGAAAACCACAAUUGGUAUUAUCAAAUUCAAGGUCAAUUGCAUGUUACAAAAAUGGAUUUUUGCUACCUUUGCGUUUGGACUCCAAAAGGAAUAAAAAUAGAAAAGAAUCCAAGAAACCAGGUAUUCUGGACCCAAAAAAUGGAAGAAAAAAUAAAAAUAUUUUAUUUGGAGUAUGUUUUGCCUGAAAUUGUUGACAGCAGGGUUAACAAGGGAAUGGCAAUUAGAGAUAAAGAUAAUAUUAAAUAAAGUGUUAUUUUUACUGAAUGAUUUUUUAUUUUUAUACCCAAGAUGGUCAAAAGGGACAUGUAAGUCGUUUUUUCUAAUUUUGAAUUUUUAGGACAUAAAAACACAAAACUUUAAAAGAGUGUGAUUUUCUAAAUUCUGUCUUA